CCCAUCCCACCGGCCGCAGCACAAGAGCGACAGGGAAGAGGGAAGAGGCAGCAGACUCCAGCUCCAGCGCCAAGUCCAGGUCCAGGUGAAGUACCGUAGUUUCUGCGGGUGUCCAUCAGUCUCAGCAUGGCCAAGCCGCUCACCGACCACGACAAGAGAAAGCAGAUUUCUGUCCGCGGCCUGGCGGGAGUAGAAAAUGUUGCUGACCUGAAAACUAAUUUCAACCGACACCUCCAUUUUACCCUGGUGAAGGACCGAAAUGUCGCCACCAAAAGAGACUACUACUUUGCCUUGGCCAACACGGUCCGGGACCACCUGGUGGGCCGCUGGAUCCGGACCCAGCAGCAUUACUACGAGAAGGACCCCAAACGCGUCUACUACAUUUCCCUGGAGUUUUACAUGGGUCGCACUCUGCAGAAUACUAUGGUCAACCUGGCCCUGGAGAACGCAUGUGAUGAAGCCACCUACCAGCUUGGGCUUGACAUGGAGGAGCUACAGGACAUUGAAGAAGACGCUGGUCUCGGGAAUGGUGGACUUGGUCGGCUAGCAGCUUGUUUCCUGGACUCCAUGGCCACUUUGGGUCUGGCAGCUUACGGUUAUGGCAUUCGUUACGAGUUUGGAAUUUUCAACCAGAAAAUAGUUAACGGCUGGCAGGUGGAGGAGGCUGAUGAUUGGCUGCGUUAUGGGAACCCCUGGGAGAAGGCUCGUCCUGAGUACAUGCGGCCGGUCCACUUCUACGGCCGAGUGGAGCACACAGAUGACGGUGUCAAAUGGGUCGACACGCAGGUGGUUUUGGCGUUGCCGUAUGACACCCCCGUACCUGGAUACAGAAAUAACAUCGUCAACACCAUGAGGCUGUGGUCUGCCAAAGCUCCUUGCGAUUUCAACCUUAAGGACUUCAACGUUGGUGGUUACAUCCAGGCUGUACUGGACAGGAAUCUUGCUGAGAACAUCUCCAGAGUCCUGUACCCCAAUGACAACUUCUUUGAGGGGAAGGAGCUGCGUCUUAAACAGGAGUACUUUGUGGUAGCAGCCACUCUUCAGGACAUCAUCCGCAGAUUCAAGGCGUCCAAGUUUGGCUCCACUGAGUUUGUGCGUCUGGACCUGUCGGCCCUGCCGGACAAGGUUGCCAUCCAGCUGAACGACACCCACCCUGCAAUGGCCAUCCCUGAGCUGAUGAGGAUCCUAGUUGACCAAGAAAAACUCACAUGGGAAAAGAGCUGGGACAUUGUGGUUCGUACUUGUGCUUACACCAACCACACGGUGCUGCCUGAGGCUCUGGAGCGAUGGCCUGUGGACCUCUUCCAAAACUUACUCCCUCGUCAUCUCGAAAUCAUCUACGAGAUCAACAGAAGGCACCUGGAGCGUAUUGGUAAACUGUUCCCUGGAGACUUUGACCGCCUUCGCAGAAUGUCACUGAUUGAGGAAGGCCAUGUCAAGAAAAUCAACAUGGCUCAUCUGUGCAUUGUCGGUUCCCACGCUGUGAACGGAGUGGCCCGCAUCCACUCGGAGAUCAUCAAAAACACAGUGUUCAAAGAUUUCUAUGAGGUGGACCCUGACAAGUUCCAGAACAAGACCAAUGGCAUCACCCCACGGCGCUGGCUGGUCAUGUGCAACCCUGGUCUUGCAGAGGUCAUUGCUGAGAGGAUUGGUGAGGACUACAUCCGGGACCUGGAUCAACUGAAGCAGCUUUUGAACUUUGUGAACGAUGACUCUUUAAUUGCCGAUAUAACUAAAGUCAAACAAGAGAACAAGCUGAAGUUUGCUGCUCAUCUUGAAGAACACUACAAGGUCAAGAUCAACCCUGAUUCCAUGUUCGAUGUUCAAGUGAAGAGGAUCCACGAAUACAAGAGACAACUUCUGAACUGCCUGCACAUCAUCACAUUUUAUAACCGUAUCAAGAAGGAGCCACAGAAAAAAUGGACCCCCAGAACUAUCAUGAUUGGAGGAAAGGCCGCUCCUGGAUACCACACUGCCAAGAUGAUCAUCAAACUCAUCACUUCCAUUGGAGACAUCGUCAACAAUGACCCCAUUGUAGGAGACCGGCUCAAAGUAAUCUUCCUGGAGAACUACCGCGUAACUUUGGCUGAAAAAGUCAUUCCUGCAGCAGACCUGUCGGAGCAGAUCUCCACAGCCGGCACUGAGGCCUCUGGAACUGGAAACAUGAAGUUCAUGUUGAACGGAGCCCUCACCAUUGGCACUAUGGACGGAGCCAACGUGGAGAUGGCAGAAGAGGCCGGAGAGGAGAAUCUCUUCAUCUUUGGCAUGAGGGUCCCUGAUGUGGAAGAAAUGGACAAGAAAGGAUAUGACGCCAUGUCCUAUUACAAGCGCAUCCCUGAGCUGAAACAGGCCAUGGACCAAAUCUCUGGGGGCUUCUUCAGUCCCAACCAGCCUGAUCUCUUCAAAGACCUGGUCAACAUGCUCAUGCAACACGACAGAUUCAAGGUCUUUGCCGACUACGAGGACUACAUCAAGUGCCAGGAUAAAGUCAGUGCUCUCUACAAGAACCCUAAAGAAUGGGCCAAGAAGGUGAUCCAUAACAUCGCUGGCUCCGGUAAAUUCUCGAGCGACCGCACCAUCGCGCAGUACGCCCGGGAGAUCUGGGAUAUGGAGCCCAGCCUGGAGAAAAUCGCUGCCCCUGACGACCCACGCUAAACUGGGCCCUGGUGUAGUCUGCAACGGUCAAACCACCACUCGGAUCACGUAGCUGUUUUCACUGUACUGUACUGUAGCAUUUUAUUAGUUGUGUAUUUGAUAUGAGUUUGUUCAAGGCUAAGUCAUAACCAAUGCAUUUCAUUUAAAAAUAAGAAUAACAAUUGUUGAUAAAUGCACCUUAACACGAAAAUAAUCAAAUGUAGGUUUUAAGUUUUAGCGUUUUAAAGUGUAGAAUAAAAAUGAGUUUAAAAAUUGCGUACGUGUAUAUUUAGCUUUUAAAAACUGAGAUGCAUUGGUGUGGAUGUAGUCUUGGGGUGCGUUCAUACUUGUCCUGGUUUGGUGCUAAUGUAGAUUUGGUUCUAGCCCUGGUUUGGUCCCGAGUUUACUCCCAGUUUUGUCGUGGUCAUCUUGUGUGAAUGCACCCUUUAGUUGUAUAGUUUUUUCUUCACUGCAGUUUGUCACUUUACCUAACACCUUACUUCACACUGGCCUUGGAGUUUAGCCUGGAUUUGUACAGAGGGCUGUCAUACUGCAUUUACUCACCUCAAACUUCUUUACCUGAACUACUGACGUACCACGGCUAAAAGCGGUACUCUAAACGUCCAUACUCAAAUCCCAGCUAAACCCAUGUCUUCCCAGCGUCAGAGCUGCACUGUGACCAACAUUUCUGCUUAUCUAAAUGUUGAAGUCCUUUCCAUCGCUGAAUGUAACCAUAGUGUGUGUAGCAUGUUCCUGUCAUUCUGCUGUACUGCUCCCUAAGUGACUUGCGAUAGAGACGACUAAACCCUCUCUAAGUACGACUUGAGAAGAUUGUGAUGUUGUUCCUGUGUAGACAAGUACUGUAUUAAGAUGCCUGCUUGACUGGCUGUGAGCUGCUGCCCAUACAAUUGGUCUAACAUAGCACCUUCUGUCAAAGCAUUUCAUAUUUAAUAAAAUACU